UAAUAAGGCAAGAGAAAUAACCUGUAAAAGCAACUCUUUACGGUGGAGAGAGAGAAAGAGGAUAUAGCUUUGGUUUCAGUUGGGGUUUUCUUAUACAGUGGGCAGCUGAAGAAAGGAUACUGUGGCUGACAGAAUUGGGAAUGAUGUAGAUAGGCAGAAUUGCAAAGUGUUCAAAACCCUAUUUAUUGAAGAGCUUCAUGGAAACUCUUCUGGUUGCUCAAGAGAGAGAGAAUAAGGGUGAGGGUAUCUUUGGUAGAGCUGGAAGAUCCUGUAGACUAGAGUUAGCUCAACCAAUCAGGAUGAACAUUCCUUGCAUGUGAAGGAUUCAGAAGUUGAGAACAUCCAAUUCAAGAUUUUUUUCAAUCUGUGUUUGGUGUGUAUAUAUUUUUUGUAAAAAAAACCCCAAAACACAAAAACCCUAAACCUUUAAUCGACAGUGUUCCUAAUUUUAAAUCAUAUGCUGUAAUGCGUUAUCCAGCUUUGAGAAUAUGGAAAAGCAAAAUAAUGUAUCUGAAUUCAUCUUGCUGGGGCUUACUCAGGAUCAAGAGUUACAGAAAGUCUGCUUUGGAAUCUUUUUGAUCUUCUACAUGGCAAUUCUGCUGGGGAAUCUAUUGAUCAUAGUCACAAUCAAGAGCAGUCACCACCUGAUUUCUCCAAUGUAUUUCUUUCUCAGUUACCUUUCCUUCAUAGAUAUCUGUUACUCCUCUGUCACUGCUCCAAAACUGAUAGCAGACUUCCUGGUGAAGAAGAAAACCAUCUCUUUUGUUGGUUGCAUAGCACAGCUUUUUGGGGCUCACUUUUUCGGUUGUACUGAAAUUUUUCUCCUCACACUGAUGGCAUAUGACCGAUACAUCGCAAUCUCCAAGCCUCUCCAUUAUACCACUAUUAUGAACAAGAGGGUGUGCAGUUGGAUGGUGUUUAUGUCAUGGCUGGGUGGGUUUGUUCACUCAAUGGUACAGACGCUCCUUACUACACAUCUACCCUUCUGUGGGCCUAAUGAAAUCGACCACUAUUUUUGUGAUGUUCACCCUUUAUUGAAAUUAGCCUGUGCUGAUACCUACAUUAUUGGACUUAUUGUCAUUGCCAACACUGGCAUGAUUUCCCUCAGUUGUUUUCUUGUGCUGAUUGUUUCUUACAUUGUUAUCCUACUCACAAUCAGAACUCGUUCUUCAGAAGGCCGUCUCAAGGCUCUUUCCACCUGUGGCUCUCACAUCACAGUUGUGAUUCUGUUUUUGGGCCCCUGCAUCUUUCUUUACAUGAGGCCAUCAACCACAUUCUCAGAGGACAAAAGUGUGGCUGUUUUCUAUACUAUUAUAACUCCCAUGCUCAAUCCAUUAAUUUACACCUUGAGAAAUGAGGAGGUAAAGAAUGCCAUGAGAAUAUUGUGGAGCAAAAAUGUAAUUUUGGCUAGGAAAUUAAAAAUGGAUUUAAAAAUAUAACCUUGGUUUAAUCACAUGUCAUAUCAAUGGUGGAGAAAAGUGAAUUAGUAUCAGACCUGGGCCUGUUGGAAAAGUGACUUUUCUAUCUCUAGCAAGGUUUCAAUAAAAUGCAUCUUUUCCUCUUGAAAUAAUGAGUAUAGAAAUGAAACGUCUAAUUAGGAUGCUUUAAUUUUUAAUACAAUGUAUAGAGGCUAUUUUCUCUUAAGAUUCAUUGCUAGGGAAAGAAUAUUUAAUCUCUUAUCCUGAUAAGCAGUGAAAACUAACUAUUAUAUUGCGGAGAUUUAAUGUUUAGUUAAAAAUAAAUGUUGUCACAGCCUCAUCUUGCUAUAAUCUGUGGUCAGCACAGAGAGAAAAUGUUUCACUUUCUUUUAUAAAGCUCAUAUAAUGUUGUUAUCUCUGUUUCUGGAAAGCUAAUUUAUUCUUCCCUGCUGUAAUAGUUAUGUUCUGAUAGUCCAAGGAGCACUAGUUUUGUGUGUUAACUACCUGAGAGGUAUCAAGAAGCUGUAUAAGUCUUAACUCUGUUUAGUUACAUUUGAAUGCAAUUGCUAUUUAGAAUCACUUGCAAUCUGAUAAAAUCCAUGCAGAAAAUUAAUUUUAAAAACAGACAGCUUGCCUGCCUUGCUGGAGAUAGUUGAAGGUUAUAUCUGAAUCCUGUUGCCAGUAUCUCUGUAGACUGUGUUCCAAAGGAACACUAAGAAUGUCUACAUUUUGCUUUCUAGUUUCCGGACACUUUCACUUUGCAAUAAUAAAUUAACGGAAAAUAGGUCCCUGUGUUUGGGUAGGUUGGAACUUUCCAAAAACUUUUUUUUUAAUAAAAAAAGAUGUCUUUGUUGUAUGAGAGAAUAUAUAUGUUCAUAAAGGUAUAAUAUUGUAAAACAUCCCUAUUUCCUAGGUUCUUUUUUUGUAUUAUUGGCUUAUUAUUUCAAAAAAGAGCAUUUAUUUAGAAACUCUUAUAAAUUUGUUUUACUCAGUUACUGCUUUUCUAGAAGACUAUGGGAGACAGAAAUGGUUCUAAAGAGUCACAAGUGUGAAACGGGCAGCUAUAUAAAUUUAAAUACAUAAAUAGGCAUUGUUUUGAAUGGAUUCUUCUGUACAUUCAGUUUCUCAUCUAAAUCUCCCCCCCCACAAAGCUGGCCUAAAUUGUUGGCCAAAGAAGAUUGCAAAUAAUUGUUCAGAUUUCUCAGCAAUGAUUUUGAGGGAAUGUCAAAAGGAGAUCCCUUAUGUCCCUCUCAUUGGCAAUGAAAUUACAAUGAUGAUUGAUUGCAGAGUCAGCCAGAUGUUUGGACUGGAUUUAGCAUUUUUGUCCAUUUACUGAAUCCUUCCCAGGGAUGUGAGGUGGGCAGAUAUUUGUCAUAAAAUGUAAGCUGUUCCAGGCAAAGCUGCCUUUUGCAAUUGACUGAUGCUGAUUUUGUCAAUGCUGAUAAUGUUCAAGUGGUGUUUCAGAUUUUUUGAAAUUGCACCCAAGGCACUAUUACUAUUGGUACUGUCUUUUCUUUGUUUUUCACAGUUGUUCUACCUGCAGAUACCACAAAACAACAUUGAUUCUAGCCUCUGUUCUCUUAUUAUUUUGUCCUGUCCUGAAACUAUACAUUAGAUACCUCAGUCCGCCAUAUUAUUUUGUUCAAUACAUGCUCCGCUUUACUGAACUGGAUUCAUUCAUACCACACUUUCUCUCCUCUCCUUAUACACUUUGCAAAUGAAAAUUGAAAUGUAUUUUGUGAAGCUUUUGUGAAUGUGCUGCCAAAUGUGUUUUGUGAAGCUUUUGUGAAUGUGCUGCUGUUAUUUUAUUAAUGUGUGAUUCCAGCAUGGAUAAAAUAUUCAUAAAUAAAGGAGGAUUUCCCGCUGCAACUUUUAAAGGGA